AUGUCGCACGCUCCGCCUACUCCUCCCUCGGUGGUGGUGAACACUGCCAGCGACAGACAACAAGUACCGCUGAGAGAUUAUCUAAACGCUCGAGUUGCGCCGUUCCUGAAGAAGGCCAUUACGGAGAGUUUAAACGCCGAAGCAGAAUUCCCUCUCCAAUGGCUGGGAGAGUGCCUCAUCCACCAGUCCAUCCUAUACGAAGGCAACCCAGACCGUACGAAUAUUCGCGAAAGAUUUCUAUACAAGUUUGAAGACCCCAAACCGCAAGAGCCGGCAGACGCAUCAGUCGCUGCUUCAGCGCCAGCGACAGCGCCAGCACCUCCGCAUCGUUCACCGUCGGCGCAACCAGAGCCAGCGCCUAUCCCACCACAAGAGCCUACAGUCCUACAGCCUGAGAUUACCAUGAACGAAGCCAGCGAAGGUGUUUCAGGACAGCCACAACCCUCGCAGCCAGCUGCAGAGGACGACGCUGCGCCGCAGACCGCACCUGUAACAGAAGAACCUGCUGUCAACGGAGUCAAGGAGGAAGGAGAGGCAAGAGUGGGAGACGCAACAAGAGAUAUUGAUACUGAAAUGGGAGGAACAUCAUGA